AUGGCGUCUCAACCAGCCCAAUCCCGGCGUCCACGUCCUGACCAUGUCAAGACAGACUUGAGCCAUCAGACCCGUCUCGUCGUUGGACCUUCUUCAGCCCUCAGCAAUUCGUCCGUCUCGCCUAGUUCCCGCGAUGGAUCUCCUCUUCAGUCGGUUGGGACGGGCCCUGGGACUAGCAGUUCCCUCCAGCAGUCGCCUGAGCCCCUAGAGCCGGUUGAGAUGGAUUCAACAAUCACCCCUUUUCUGCUCCCGGAAUCUGUCAGCGCGAAGCAGUCCGAACAACAUGGCUCUACCCUAUCCCGGAGGACAAGCACCUCUUCGCUUGCCCAAGCGAACUUGAAAAGCCCUGGCACCAUGGCCAUGGGUGAAGCCGUGAAGAUGAGCAUCGUGCGUCGCGCGUCAAAUUCAGUUCGCAGUAAAGCCGCUGGGUUACUGAACCGCCGGGCCUCGUCAACCAACCCGAGGAGCCGGGAUGGGAGCGUUGGGCCAGGUGUGAUGCGCAGAAGGGGAAGCACGAGUAUCCCUAAUACGCCUUUCGAGAACAUUAGCCCCUUUGAGACCGACUCGGACGAGGAAGUUGCCGUUGCGAAUGAUGACCUCUUUGGCUACGAUGGAGUCCCCCGAGAACCUAGCACUUCGGAUCCGGCCGCUUCGCCCGCUCCUUACGGUCUGAUUCCUUUGGCCCUUCGUCAGGGUGUAACUCUGACCAAGGUCACCAAGAAGAAGAGCACCAAGCGGAUCGUGCUGUGCCUCGAUCCGGACUCGGCCAAGCUCACGUGGGACAGGAGCCGGUCAUCAAAGUCUAUUUACAUUGACGACAUUAAGGAAAUACGAGUGGCCGAAGAUAUACGGCAAUAUCGCCUCGACGCUGGCCUUCCCGAAGCUGACGAGCCAAGAUUCUUUUCCAUCAUAUAUACUCCUCCGGACAAGUCUGGGACCAAGGUGUUGCACCUUGUUGCAGACGAUGAUGGGUCUUUCCAGCAGUGGAUCCAGGCUCUUGAGACCAUCUCCAAGCACCGGCAAGACUUUGCCGCGAGCUUGAUGUCGUUUAAUGAUAAGGCUGUCCGCGCCUACUGGGCGAGAGAGAUGGAUAAGCAAUUCGGCAACAGGCCCCGCUCGGCGGAAGAGGAGCAAAUUGAUUUCUUUGGCGUCGAGCGCGUCUGCCGCAGUUUGCAUAUUCACGUCUCGCCCGACCAGUUACGUGCGAAGUUUGAGGCGGUCAAAGGCAGGCGGGCCAGCUCCGAUGACCUUCCCUCCACUCAGACGUGCGGUUCCCGUCUCAAUUUUGAAGAGUUCCUCGAGUUUGUGCGGCUCAUGAAAAUACGGGGAGACAUCCGCAACGCCUUCCAGGCUCACACGGCGGACAGCGAGGGUGGCAUGACCAGAGAGGAGUUUUUGCACUUCUUGCGUGAAGUGCAGCGCGAGAACGUUGAGGAGGACCCGGCCUAUUGGGACGCCGCUUUUCUGCGGUUCGCCCGUAAGGGCAAGCCGAGAGACGCUGAGAGGGCCGCUGUGCUGGUUGACGAUGGGCUGACAAUGUCUGAGGCCGCGUUUGCUAGCUUCCUCACGUCCACUUCCAACGAGGCCAUUCUCAAAGAACCCAAGCACUACGUUCUUGACCGGCCCCUGAAUGAAUACUACAUAUCAAGCUCGCACAACACGUACCUGCUCGGCCGUCAGGUUGCCGGUAUCUCAAGCGUCGAGGGUUACAUCUCUGCAUUGAUGCGGGGCUGUCGCUGUGUCGAGGUCGACUGCUGGGAUGGUCCAGAUGGGCAGCCCGUGGUGAUGCACGGCCGCACGCUGACGACACGCAUCUCGUUCCUCGAAGUCAUCAAAACUAUCAACAAGUAUGCCUUUGUCAGGUCUCGCUUCCCGCUGUUCAUCUCGCUCGAGGUUCGCUGCGGCCUCGCGACACAGGCAAUCAUGGCCAGAAUCAUGAUUGAGAUUUUUGGAGAAAAGCUCGUCCGGACGCCGCUCGACCCGUCGUCUGACCGCCUGCCAUCCCCAUCGGAACUGAUGGAGCGCAUCCUCAUUAAGGUGAAGAAGUCGCAACAGCCUGAGGAGUCACCGAAGAACGGCGAUCGAGUCGGACGGAGGCGCGGCAACAGCAUGCCAUCGCCGUAUCUACGGGCAGUAGCUGGUGACAAUACCUUCGGGCCCCCGCCGGCCAGCCCCCUCUUAAGCCCGACACCUGUCGGGCGUUCAAGUCGCCAAAUCAACACAAUCGCCGAGGGGGUUGUCCCGGAAUCGCUCAGCAGCAGUGGUCCCAGCGAGUACGAUAGCGAGAGUGAAAAGGACUCGGCUUCGGUGAAGAAGGUUACUAGCAAGAUCAGUCCCAUCCUGGGCGACUUGGGUGUGUACUGCUCCGGCAUCAACUUUGAUGGUUUCGACAGCCCCGAGGCGAAGCGGUUCAACCACAUCUUCUCCUUCAAGGAGAAGACCUUCGCCGACAAGAACCAGCCAGGCGAGGGCAAGAGAGCCUUGUACCGCCACAAUAUGCGGUACCUGAUGCGUGUCUAUCCCAACGGCGGACGUAUCACAUCGACCAAUUUUGACCCGCUCAUUUACUGGAAGCGCGGGGUGCAGAUGGCGGCUCUCAAUUGGCAGACAUUCGAUUUGGGAAUGCAAUUGAACCAAGCCAUGUUUGAUGGCGGCACGGACAAAUCCGGCUACGUUCUCAAACCGCUCGAGGGACGCCAAAUUCAGGUGAUGCCUAACCUCUCGCCCGACUUGUGCGUGGGCAAACGUCCGAGGAAGAAGAUCGCGUUUGAGAUUGAGGUUAUCUCUGCCCAGCAACUGAUGAGGCCCUGGAGCCUAGGCGAGAAGCGGACGCUGGACCCUUACGUUGAGGUCGAGGUGUUCCUGGCCGAUGACGAAAGAAGCAAGGCGGAUGCAGGCACAGCUGCGUCGCAAGAAGUGCCGCUCAAAUACCGCACCAAAAUUGUGCGCGACAAUGGCUUCAACCCGGAGUUUAACCAGUCGUUUCUGUUCGACAUCACCACCAAGUAUCCGGACCUGAUCUUCGUCCGGUGGAGUGUCAGACUGGCCGACAAGGGCUACAGUGAUAGGAACCCCCCAUUGGCCACCUUCACAGCCAAGCUCAGCAGUCUCAAACAAGGCUACCGCACCAUCCCAUUGCUCGACCAUAACGGUGACCGUUUUCUGUUCUCGACCCUCUUCUGCAAAAUCCGGAAAGGCCAGAUGACGGACAUUAUGGUCUCGUACCAAGAAGACGGCACGAAAAAUGGCAACAAGCUCAAGAACAUCAGCAAGACUGUCUUCAACCCCCCAACGAGCCCCAAAUCCAGCAUGGACAGCUUCCGCUGA